UGUGUCAGGACAGGUGAGAGGUAACAAGUUGAGAGGUCAUCGUCUAUUGAUUAAGAUUGCAGAAAUUUCGAUGCGGUUUUUGCUCCGGUCACAGAGGCUCUAAUGAUGCCUGACCUCAGCAGUACGAACAGCGGAUGCAUCAGGGAAACCUGACCGGGAGUGAAACUGCGCUCACUAACGCUGCUUCGGGUUGGAUUUGUAUGCUAGCAGCUGUUAGCAACGUGCUAGCUUUUACUAUGUCGCAACUAAGUUCUUGCAGCUAAUUUGGGUCUGACGUGACUGACACAUCUGAAUUUAAACUACGGCUGUGUAUGGAAAAAAAACACAAAAGAUGGCUGUGUCAGUGCGGGGCCUCUUCUUCAUUAUGGCACUAUUUUUAGGUAGUUUCUUUGGAAGUAUCGUCAUGCUGGGUCCAGUCCUGCCGCUCAUGCUGCUAUCUCCGGCUUGGUACCGCUGGCUUACGGAUCGAAUCGUUGCUACCUGGCUCACCCUCCCGGUGUCUUUGUUGGAGUUGGUGUUUGGGGUGAAGGUGGUGAUCACAGGGGACGGCUUCAUUCCUGGGGAGCGCAGCGUGAUCAUCAUGAACCACCGCACCCGUCUUGACUGGAUGUUCCUCUGGUGUUGUCUGCUCAGGUACAGCUACCUUCGCCUGGAAAAGAUCUGCCUCAAGGCUGCUCUCAAGGCCUUGCCCGGCUUCGGUUGGGCAAUGCAGGUGGCCUGCUUUGUUUUCAUUCAGCGUCGCUGGGAGAUGGACAAGGCACAUUUAGAAAACAUGCUGGACUACUUCUGUGACAUCAGAGAGCCCCUGCAGCUGUUGUUGUUCCCAGAGGGGACAGACCUCACAGAGAACACGAAAGCAAAGAGUGACGCGUUCGCUGCGCAGAACAACCUUCCGAAAAUGGAGUAUGUGCUUCAUCCCCGCUCCACCGGAUUCACCUUCAUUGUGGACAAACUGAGAAAAGGAGACAAUCUGGACGCCGUCCAUGACAUCACCGUGGCGUACCCCAAGAACAUCCCGCAGACAGAGCGUCACCUCGUCUUAGGAGAAUUCCCUCGCGAGAUCCACUUUCACGUCCGCCGCUACCCGGUUUCUUCGCUCCCGUCCUCGUCCGCAGAGUUGGAGUCUUGGUGUCGAGAGCGCUGGGCGGAGAAGGAGAGCCGCCUGCGCGACUUCUACUCGGGCCAGCCCCGGGGCUUCGACAGGGACGGCAUCGCGCGAGUGCCGCCUUGCAAGUCGGAGCUGCGGGUGGGUCUGAUCAAAGCGGCCUCGCUGGUGUACUGGAGCGGCUUCAUCGCUUUCUGCUUGGCUGGCCUGUGGCUCUGGCCUUCCUUCCGGCUCUACGUCCUGGUUAUGAUUGUGGUGUUCACCGUCCAGCAGAAGCUAGCUGGAGGGCUGGAGCUGAUUGAGAUGGCUUGCCAUCGAUACUGGAAGGAAAAAGUGCAGGAGAGAAAGAUGCAGUAGAGAGGGAGACACUGUUUUAAUUUUGGGGGGGAGAGGGGGGGAGAAGUUUUCACCAACAACCAGCCGAAGGCGUUUAAAGCUGAUCACUGAGCUGAUCUGAAUCCCUUAGAGGAACAGAAGCUUUUCUGCCUCACGGAGUAACAAGUGCAUCUUCAGAUUGCAUGUCUGGCUACAGUGGAGAGAUUACGAUGCUGGCAAAGAAUAAAAAGAGGAAUGUUGGGUAUAUCUAUUCCUUGCUGGGUUCAAGGAAUUCAUCACGUGUGAUGUUCCACUUGACCUUCGUGCAGUCAGGGUGAGAAGUACAGUCUGUUGUUUUAAGAGUUUGAACCUCUAAAUGAUUUCAUAUUUAGCAAAUUAUUUAGAGGUUCCAGCAUCGUACCUUUUGUUUUUUUCUUUAUGGCAAACCUGGGAAUUUAGAUAGGUUGCACUUUCUUUUUACCACGACUGUAUAUACCUCUCUGCACAAUCCUUCUUAAUUAAGUUGCCGUUUGUGUUUUACCGGUUUUAUGUUGUCUGUGUUUAAAACUUGGUUGUUUAGGGUGUCUGUGUGGAAAUCUGUCAGGAAACGGUUGGUAUUUCUUAUAUCGCCAUGCCUACGAAACCUGUUUUAUUGUCUGCUAUGUUGCCAUUGGUUUUACAUAAUGAAUGGAGCAGAGCCAUAUUAUCGUCCACCUGUAUUUGUGUAUGUGUGAUGACUUGACUUUGACCACCAUUCAAAAAAAAAAAAAAAAAAAA